AAAUCCCCACAAUGUUGACUGACGUCGGUGAAUGGAAAGGUGUUACCGUUGAUAAUUACACCCUGGAAUUUGAUUUGGGCGAACCCAGUGAAAAGACCAAAGAAGUUGCUCUCAGAGAAUUGCGUGAAACACCCGAAAAUCGGCAAAAGGGUUUGGAGGAGCUGAAAAAGUUAUUGGACGGAGAACCCGAUUUAAAAUGUCCCCGUGAUGACCUAUUUUUAUUGCGUUUCCUCCGCGUCUGCAAAUACUAUCCUGACAGUGCCUUUAAGCUGAUCAAAAACUAUUAUUCCUUUAAAUUGAAACAUGCCGAUGUCUAUAAGGAUCUGAAGCCCAGCAAUGAAAAAAAUGUAUUCGAUCACAAUGUCAUUGUGGUAUUUCCGAAUCGUGACCAAUUGGGUAGGCGUGUGGCCGUAUUGGAAUUGGGAAAAAAUUGGAAACACAAGCAGGUCGUCUUGGAUGAGGUCUUCAAGGCAGCUGUCCUCUAUCUGGAGGCUGCCAUGUGGGAACCGGAAACUCAAAUCAAUGGCGUUGUGGUCAUUUUCGAUAUGGAUGGCUUGAGUUUACAGCAGACCUGGCAAUUUACCCCAGCCUUUGCUAAACGUAUUGUCGAUUGGUUGCAGGAUUCCGUGCCAUUGCGUGUCAAGGCCAUCCACGUUGUUAAUCAACCGAAAAUCUUCAAUGUGGUCUUCUCCCUUUUCAAACCGUUCUUGAGAGAGAAAUUGCGAUCACGUAUCUAUUUCCAUGGUACAGAUCGCCAAUCGUUGUACAAACACAUGAGUCCGGAAAUUCUGCCCGCCGUUUAUGGUGGUACCCGUAAAGAGCCCCGCUUCAACGGCGAUCAAUGGUAUAAGCUGCUGGUACAGGCUGAGAAGGAAUAUGAAGCCAUUAAUGAAUAUGGCUAUAAGAAAUGA